AUGAACCUUGCCACUGAUACAAAACGUCAUGUCACUAGUUAUCCGGAAGUUGAGCAAAAGUGGACACAGAUUCCAACCAGGUUAUUCUUUGUGGAUGAGACUCAAGAGGUCAGGGCCUUCUACACUCUACAAAAUGGCGAGACUCAUUACCCUUUCACGGCUGCCCAAAAUGUAGAAGAACGGCCAGAAGUGGCUGCUUCUUCACCCCAAAAUCUUCAACAAGCAGUACCAGUUGCCCCUUACCUACUUGACGUGAUCUCGCCGCCUGAGACGACGACUUUAAGCCCAGCACAAUCCGCUACUGGGAGCCGCGUUUACUCUACCCUCCCGCCGGGCUCUGCACUUGGCUUAUCAAGCCAUGACGACCUUAAUCAUGCUAUCCUCCCAUUCCGUAAUGCGACGGAGGUGCGGCUCAUGAAGUAUUACUUGGAGCACAUGUGUCACUGGUUCGACCUUUGCGACAAUCAAAGACACUUUGCCGUCGAGGUUCCGCGGCGUGCGAUUGCGUGCCCAACACUGCUCAACGCCAUUUUCGCCUUGUCUUCCCGACACCUGAGCAUGGGCGAGCGUUUCGACCCAUACGCUGCCGAUCGGUACCAACAGGAAUGUCUCAACCAACUUUCAGCGAUAAUAUUGGACUCUUCCACCUUGUCUAAUGAUGACUUGCUUGCUGCAACUAUUCUGCUAAGGACGCUGGAAGAGAUGGAUGUUCCACUCAUUGGCGCAGACCACGAAUUACACCUUCACGGCAUCCAGCUCUUCAUGAGCUUCAUGCCCUCUGAAUCGCCACAAGCCGUCGGCUCCCCAGCCCAACCGCCAGCCGAAACCUCCAGCCUGCGGCAAGCCUGUUUCUGGACCGGACUGCGCCAGGAAAUCGUCAUGGCCUUUGUCAACCAGCGGCCGGUCAAGGUGCGGCUCGACCACCCCUUCAUUGACCGGUCCCUUGCCGCGCCGGCCGCCGACGACGUCUGGGCUAACCGGAUCAUCCUCCACUGCGCCGACGUACUGCGCUACUGCUUCGGGGGCAGCGCGACGGGUACUAAUGCCGCCGACGAGUGGCUUCGCCUCAAGGCCCACGAUGAUGCGUGGCUCCGCGCGCGGCCGUCCAGCUGGCUGCCUGUGGCAUACUCGGAACCAGAGCGGGAAAAGGGCGAAGUGUUCCCUACCAUUCUAUACCUAAGUGGUCCAAUCGUCAUUGGAAAUGCACACGCCACCUUUGCCAGGGCGCUGCUAAAGUGCUAUGACCCAACCAUUCCCAAAAUAGGACCAGGACAAAAGUUGGCGCAACAGAAACUGGAUACCGAAAUACGCACCCAGAUCCGCGAGCUAUGCGCGACAGCGCUGUCGAAUCGUGCUACAGUGCCAGCCAUGUUCACGGCAAGCAUGGGGGUAACCAUGUGCGGCGAUCGGUUUACUGAUGAUCGCGAGCGAGGAGGGCUGCUGGACCUUCUUAUCAAAACAGAAAUCCAGCACUUUUGGCCGACGGGCGGCGCGCAGGACCAUUUGAAGAAAGCCUGGGGUUGGGCCGUUGAAUAA